ACGUCGAUUACUUUAUUAUUGUUAUUUUUCUCAGUUUUUGGUAACAUUAUAGUAAAACAUAUUUACGAAGGAAUAUACAAAGUACACACUAUGGAAAAAUGAAUCUAUUGAACAGCUAGCGUUAGUAAGCCGAAUUUUCUAUGAAAUAAAUUUUCAUAAAGUACAAUAUUCACUUCUACUGGCUUUUUGUACACUAGAGUAGUAAGUAAAUAGUUCAUUUUGAUUUAAAUUAACCUUAAGGACAUGUUAAGGACAGCUCAAAACAAAAAAAAUAUAAAUAUAAGAGAGGGGAUUGCACAUCUUGUUGAGAGAAAGGCAAAAUAUUAGACACAUCGGUUGUUGUGUAGUGUGCUGUUUGUCUUGUAACUCUAUUUUACAUACUUAAAAUAAAUUAAAAAAAAUCCUUUCUAUAAUAAAAACAGAAAUUAAAGCCUCGCAAGUGUUUUUUGUAUUUUAAAUGUCAGCCAUGUCAGCAAUUGUCAGCUGCGCCGGUGGCAGGUUUUGGAACUACAUAUGUUUUUUUUUUAAUUCGACGCUACCAUUUUCGUUUUGUGGCACGGGUAGGCGGUGGUUUUAGCGUAAAAAAAUGUUAAAAUAGCUGGCAUUUAUAUAAAAAGUGUUUCGAUCCUUGUGUUUUGUGUUUGUUCAGUGGUGAAUACUUGGAGCGCGAGAGACUUUUGCGCAAAUUGCGCCAAGUAAUUAUUGACUUCCUCGAGUGUAAAGGUGAUGGUAGUCCGGUAGUUCCGCCGCAGCCAUGCCGCUGCCGAAGCGAUGCGUGGAGCCGGUCCACGUGUCGCGCGGCACCGUGCCGGAGCGGCUCGCCGUGCCGUCCGAGCUGGAGGCCGUCACCAACGGCACACUGGCCAACACUGUAAGGCAACUGUCGUCACUAUCGAAGCAUGCGGAGGACAUGUUCGGCGAGCUGACAAGAGAGGCGAGCAACCUCGCGGAGCGCACCAACGUGCUGCAGGCGCGGAUAGACAGGCUCGCCAUCAAGGUCACGCAGCUCGAUUCUGGAGUUGAGGAAGUGUCCCUUCAAGACAUUCAAAUGCGCAAGGCCUUCCGCUCUUCGCGGACAUUCCAGCAGCAACUAUUCAGUCGCAACUCCAUGCCGACGGCCAUGUUGGCGACGUACGCGCGCUGCGACCGCCCGCCGCCGCUCGAGAGGCUCAACGAGUUCAGAGACGACGGGAGAGAUGCGAGAAAGUUCUACACCGAUCCGGAUUACUUCUUCGAAUUGUGGAGGAGGGAAAUGCUGCAGGAUACAGAGCGCAUUCAACACGACCGCGGGAAGAAGGUGCGGCAGCCGCGCAGCGGCGGCGCCGACGGCCGCGGCGCGCGCCGCGUGCGCCCGCCGCACUCCACACGGGAAAGACAAAAGGCGGCGGCAGUGACGCGCGGCGAGCACAUCAUGGCGCCGGCGCAGCUGCGGCACUACAACAUCGAGCCGCAGCCGCCGCCGCUGCAGACGCAGCUCUCGCAGCAGUCCAUCCGGCAGGAGUCCGUCUAUGGUACGAGCAUCCCGGACGGCGGCUACCGGGCGGGCGCGGCGCAGGCGGCGCGGCCCAACUCCAUCGAGAUCGACCACCAUCAGAACCGGCAACCCCGGCUCACAGGAAACGGACAUGUGAUGGUGGACGAGAGCCCGUACGGGUCGGUGGAGCCCAUCUACGGCGGCAGCGGCGCCGGCACGCCGCGCCGCCCGCGGCCCUCCGUGCCGCCGCCCGCGCCGCCCGCCGACACGCCCAACAACCACACGCCGACCAGGUGCGUCACUAGUGGGUUAUACAUACUAACCGAUGUAGUAUUUGUCCUCAGAUCGACGUUGCCCCCGCCGCCGCCGCCGCCGGAGGGCACGACGUCGCCGCCCAUGAUGAACGGCGCGUCGCCGCCGCACCGCACCGCGCUCGACGCGCACCUCGACCACAUGCACGCCGUCAUCGGCAUGAUGUCGUCCGAGGAGCCGGGAGCGCCGCCGGGCGCGCCGGCGCCGCUGCCGCCGCCCGCGCCGCCCGCGCCGCCCGCCAUGCCGGCGCCGCCGCCCGCCGAGGAGCGGCCGCGCCCGCCGUCGCCCGGCUCGCUGCUGCGCGGCGCCUCCGCGCUCAAGCCGCCGCGCCCCGCCGCCGAGCCCAAGGAGGACCCGCGCUCCGACCUGCUCAAGGCCAUCCGGGACGGCAUCAAACUGCGCAAAGUGGACAAGCGUGGCGACGAGACGACAGGCCGCUACGACACGCUGCGUGGAGCGCCCGCCUUCCUCGACGUGGCCUCCAUCCUCGCCCGCCGCGUCGCCGUCGAGCUCAGCGACACCAGCUCCGGCGCCGACUCCGACUCUGACGACUCCGACCAGUGGACCACCGAGUCUCGCGCGUGACCCCGGGCUUCGCCACGCCGCGAGCCGCGCCUGCACCGGCCCCUCGACCCGUGCCCCGCCCCGGCGAAGCCCGAACACAAGCUGCCCGCAUCCGCAUCCGCACCCGCGCCCGCGC